AUGAUGAAAUGGACCAAUACGUCGAUCUUGGAUUGUAGACAAGGUGCCGUUCGAGCGGUGCGAUACAAUGUCGAUGGCUGCUACGCAUUGACCGCGGGCAGUGAUCGGACGGUGAAGCUGUGGAACCCCUCGAAAGGCACCUGCCUCCAAACUUUUGUUGGACACGGUCUCGAUGUCAUGGACUGCAGAGGAUCUUCCGACAAUGCUUUCAUCUGCACGGCGUCGAAAGACAAGACUUGUACACUUUUCGAGGUUGAGACGGGCAAGAGCAUCCGUAAAUGGCGAAGCCACGCCGGACCGGUUCUAUGCUCGACUUUCAAUGAGGAUGGUUCUCUGGUGCUCUCCGGUGGCGUGGACGGCAAAGUCUGCAUAUGGGACGUGAAGAACAGAGGAUCGCGGGAUCCACUGCAAACACUUGAGGAACCGACGGACGCCGUCACGAGUGUGACCUGCUCUGACCACGAGAUUCUCGUGAGUUCUCUGGAUGGAAAAGUUCGGCGCUACGAUCUGCGUGUCGGGAAAAUGAGUCAGGACGACGCAGGAGCACCCGCAUCAAGAGCUUGUUUUACUUCUGACGGGAAGUGCAUCAUCCUUUCGUGUCUCGGUGGAGUCCUUCACCUCCUGGAUAAGUAUACAGGCCAAUGCCUCCAACAGUAUCGAGGUCAUCUGAACGUGGACUAUUACUUGGAUAUCUGCCUAGGUGCUCACGAUAUGCGAGUUUUUUCUGGAUCGGAGGACGGAAACGUUUUUCUGUGGUCGCUCGUUGAGGCGAAAGUCUUGCACAAAAUGAAGCAUCCCGUCGAAGCUCCUGUUCAUUCCCUCACCCAUCAUCCAGAAGAGAACACCGUGAUGACUGCGUGCAAAGGCAUCGCUUAUCUUUGGAAUCUUGACGAAGAGGAUUGAAUAAUGGUGGUGCUCAGGAAUGACUAAAAUGGCCCGAUGGAAAAAUCUUCGGGGACAUUACGGGAGGGUUCCAUUGAAAAAUUCAAGCGCCACUCGAUUCCAUUCCCAAUGUUUAUAUUCGAGUGUAUUUUCACUCAUGUACAAAGAAU